CAUUAUUGCAAAAUGACAAGGAAAAGAAGGAAGCCCUCACUUGAUGUACGUUACUUCUGCUUCAUAUUUGUGCUUUUCAGCCACACCAUGAAGACUGCAAGGAUAUUUGUCAGCCUCUUUAAUGCUCUGGUGCUCAGUCUCUUGCUGUUACCUGAGCAUAAUGUGACCUCAGCUCAGCUGUCGGCUCCAGAUGAAGUGACAGGACCUCUCAGUGGUUCGGUGACAAUUUCUUGUCAGUAUGACCUUAAAUUCCAAGAAAAUACAAAGUACUGGUGCAAAGGACCAAUAUAUGAUUUCUGUAAGAUAGUAGUGAAAACACCCAGGAACCGACCUAAUAGCAGAAGCUCCAUCGUUGAUACGGGAGCAGGAGUCUUCACUGUAACAAUGACUUUGCUCACAGAAAGUGAUGAAGAUACAUACUGGUGUGUUAUUGCCAGAGGAAGAAGAAAUGUCCAUAAAGGUGUGAAGCUCUUCAUCUCCAAAACAGUGACAAUUCCAUCCAGCACAACAGAGAGUAAUUUAUUACUGAAAGUGGCAGAACUUGAAAGAGAUUGGUGGGCGAUUCUGCGUUGGAUCCUCUUUUUUAUAAUGCUGGGUUGUUUAGCAUCAACACAUAUUGCUGUGUGGUGGAUAAAAGCUGCAAGGAGCAUGUAGAUGAGGUACAACAAAAAUUUAACUGUCAAAACUCAAACACAUGAUUAAAUUAGUUCAUGGUUUUGGGACAUUGACAUUCAGUUAGGAAAAUUAGCAUUCAUUUUAGUACCAGUUUAGCUUUGAGUCCAACUUUUGAAUAAGCUGUUAAAAAUUAGUACCACUGGAGAAGAAAGGCUAUUUUAUUUACUAUAUUUGCAGAUCUUUUUGGACAGUAAUGGUUAUUAUUAUCUCCAAAGAUCUGAAAGUAGAUUAAAAAUUCCUGGACUAAGGUUGAAUUGUGGUUAUGGCUCCUUGUAUAACUAUACAUAGUACUACUUGCACACUUGCUUAAAUACCUCUGCACUGCUGUCCUGAUUAACAGUUAUUAGCUGAACAAAAUAAGCAAGCAAGGUAAAUUAUACAGCUAAAUUACUUUCAGAUUCCUCAGAGAAAAAAAUAGUUGCACACAUUCUGUGUUUUGUUAGAUAAUUAGUGAUCCUUGUCAAACAGACUUCAUUAUUAUGUGAGUUGUAACUGCAAGAAAUUGGAUAAUUGUACCUGCUGGUUUUUCAAAACAAUCACAUGAUUUCAUUUCACAAAUCUGGUAAACUACACCUAUGCAAUCUCAUGCAAUAAUCCUGCAUUUAAUCUUAUUUUUCUGUAUAACUUCUUGUUUGCUUUAUAUGUAACACAGAAAACUUUUAAUUAAGUUUGUAAAAGUGUGUGGAAUUUCAUUAAAGGUUGUUUGUAAAGCUG